CUUGAAUAUUUGGUCACAACUCACAAUUGACAAUUAUGGUAGGUGCAUGUUGCAGAGCAACACCACCCAUUUCCCAUCUUCCAUUGCCAAAUCCCAAAACUAUCAAAAUACAGAAUCUCCAGCAGACCAAAGCAUCACCUCCACCAUCCCUUUCCAUAUCUCAACUUCCAAACAGACGCUUGUUCCUUUUCUCUCUUCCUCUCUCUAGUUUCCUUUUCCUCCCUUUUCCUGCAUUUGCUGAAGAUGACAGUGUAAAUUCUACAGAGUAUGAUCCAGUAACCCGUUCUGAAAGAGAUGCCAGUGCUUUAAUCUCACAGAGAGUUUCUAAGGGUGUUGAGUUGUUGGAGAAAGGUAGGGAAUUACAAGCUCUGGGUGACUUCAAUGGCGCUCUUCAAUACUUUUCUCAGGUGAUUGAAAGCUACAAAGACUUGGCAUUCUCAGAGUAUGCAAGGGUAGGGAGAGCACUAGCCCUAUAUGAAGUUGGUGACAGAGAAGAAGCAAUUGCAGAGAUGGAAGACGUUUCAAUAUCACUAAAGGGGUAUCCAGAAGUACAUGCAGCUCUUGCAGCAGCGUUAUAUUCAGAUAAGCAUGCAGCAUUGCUUGCUGAAAACCAGUUUACAAUUGCAACUCUUCUUGAUCCUCACUUUACAGAUCUUUCAUAUGUUAGAGACACAAAGCACUGGCCUCCAAGUUUGAUUAGUUCUCUGCAGCAUUUCAUUACACUAUCUUAAGGCCUUACACGAUUUGUAUACUUAUUGUAUAACCAAUACAUAGCAAUGCCAGCUAUAUGAAACUUUUCUCAGGUUUGGUCCUUUAUUACAUAUGUAAUAGUAUAUAAUAUCUUAUACCUUAUUUAUUUUGCAUUUUUGUUUUCUAUCUUAACUCUUGAGGUUCUGAAAUGUAAAUCAAGUGCUAUAAUUAUUUUGCUGUUGUCUUUGAUGUUGGACGGAAAAGUAUUUAUCAGAAUUUAGUUUUGUUCGGCUC